AUGCCUCGGAUAAGCUUCACCACGUGCCUCUCCCGGAAUCAAAAUUCACCCAACGGGUGCCUGAGCUCCGACGGAGCGGAACUGCAGUCUCAGCUGCCCCUCCGCCCCUGCUGGGUUCGGCAGCCCAAGCACCAGCGCCAGAAGAAACGGGUGGUAUUCGCUGACGUGAAGGGGCUGCCUCUGAUCACCGUGCACAAUUUUUCUAGUGAUGUUAUAAAUCCUAAAGAAGAACUGCCGCCCCUGAGCAGAAUGCGGCAGCUGAUGCCAGCCCGCCCCACGGAGGCGUCCAGCUAUGUCCUUGGUUUUUCUCAGCCCUUGGAUGACUCCAGUCGCUUUCACCAGUGCCUGAAGGCCCAGAAGGUGUGCCUGGAACACUGUGCCAUCCAGGGGCGCUUCUUGCAAGGUACAGUUCAUGUGCACAACCUGGGAUAUGAAAAGAUUGUGCAAAUGCGCAUCACUUUCAAUGCCUGGACUUCUUACCUUGAUGUGCCCUGUGUUUAUGUGACUCCUCUUUUCAGAGGUGAAAUAGAUGUCUUCACUUUCCAGGUGGCAUUGCCGAGUGGUCCCCCUGGCCCAGCUGGCACCAUCCAGUUCUGCUUCUCUUUUCAGUGUGCUCAGCAGCUUUACUGGGACAAUAAUCAGGGUUGUAACUACCACCUGAAGCCCUCAGACUUCCUACUUGUGCGCCCUGAACCCUCCACAGAUGGGCUGCCUGUUUUCUUUGCCGAUAUCUAG